CUCUUACGUGUGGCAUGAAUGUUGUUUUAUACCUUUACUUAUAUUUUUUUCUUGAUUAUCGUUAUGAGCUCCGAGGCCAGAUGUAGCUAUAGAUGUAUGGUCCCAUUAUAGAUGAAUAGUAUAGAGAGUAAAGGUCAGGAUUCCCCUCUUCCCUGUUGCAUGAAUAUUGUUUUUAACCUUUCUUUAUUCAUACAUUUUUAGCAGCAUUCUUUUAUUGCCUUGAUUUGCUUUAAUGCUAUUUUUACUACAAGUUUUCAUGCAUUCUUUACUUUCUAUAACAUUCAAUUCGGUCAGUACCCUUGCCUGUAACUAGAUUCUGCUUUUUCAUUAUUAUUUUCAUUUACCGAGUGUUCUAUUGUCUGUUGUAAGUCCCUAUAGUGCGUAGUCAACCUUAUUCCCUUCUUCGUCCCUUUGUUUUCCUCUUCCUAUUCCGAGAUGAAGAGACAGCCUUUCAAUCCCCCGCCAGGAGCAGCAUGAGGGGGCCGGGGCGGGGCGGCGUCGAGGCGGUGCGGGGCGGCCUGGCGCGGCUGAGGGCGAGUCGCGGGGCGGUGGUGGUGCUGGUGUACGCCGCCCUCGUGCUCGACAACAUGCUCCUCACUGUCCUGGUGCCCAUCAUCCCAGACUACCUCUAUCAACUGGAGCAUCGUUCGGUUGACGAUUCUAACACCAUGACUAACACCACCUUCAUCUCCAACCUCUCAACCACACCCUCGCCCUCAGUCACCGCCGCCACCACGUCACGUCCUCCACACACGUCCUCGUCCUCUGCAGACAUGGAGGGGAAGGAGGUGAGUCAAGAACCGUUCACCUCGACGCCCGGGAUGGGACCAAGGAGAGAACUUAUUAACGAGGGGAGGUCUGUCGCCUCCUCUGUAUACUCACCUUUCUCCGUGUUACAAAAGCCUCGUGUAGGCGGUGAAGGAGAUCGAAGAGACAAUCACAGUAGCAUCGUUGGGUCUGGAAACUUUGCGGCAAAUGACUUAACGCACUCAAAGGCGCAUCGGACUCCUCAAAAGUAUUGGAGAUUCCUACCAGUGGCUCAUCCUUUUCCUUUCGUAAAUGAUGUGUUACGUAGACGUUUAACAGAGACAAGUGACACAGCCUUUGACAAACCGGAAAGUGAACAAAGGACACUAGAUCAGAAAACAGGUCGCGGUGGCAGCCUACGUAGGUUUGCAAAAGGUAAACAAACUCUGAAUGGCGUGUCACCGGAGACUUUAGUGACUCAGAACCGUGUCUUACCGUCCUGGAGUCCCCAAGCGCCGAAGGAAGCCCAAGACCCACAGGAAAACAAGCCCUCAGCAUCAUCCACUCCAUCGAGGAAACGCGAGAUCUUCGAGGACAUCAGCAGCGAGAACUGGAAGGUCGGGUUGCUGCUCUCGUCGAAGGCUCUGGUGCAGCUGAUGGUCAACCCGAUGGUGGGUCUCCUCACCUCACACAUCGGCUACUCGCUGCCCCUCGUCUUCGGCACCCACAACCUCCUCCUUUCCGCCAUCCUGUUCGCCAGCGCGCAGGACUUCACGCUCAUGUUCCUGGGCCGAAGUCUUCAGGGCGUCGCCUCCGCCUGCAUCGCUGUCUCCGGCAUGGGUAUCAUCGCCGAGCGCUACACAGACGAUGCGGAGCGCGGGCGUGUCCAGGGCAUCGUGCUGGGCGGCAUUGCUCUCGGGGUCCUCGCCGGCUACCCGCUCGGCAGCCUCCUCUACGACUUCACGGGCUCCAAGACGCCGCCCUUCCUCCUCGUGGCGGUGCUCACGGCGGUGCUGGCAGUCGUGCAGAUGGUGGUGCUCAACCCUCGCUCAACGCCGGAGAGGCCCGUGAUGGUGACGCCCCUGAGCCAGCUGGUGCGGGACCCCUACGUCGUGGUGACCGCAGGGGCCGUGAUGGUGGCCACCUCCACGCUGGCGGUGCUAGAGCCCUGCCUGCCCAUCUGGCUCACCGACAACCUCCACCUACAGAAGUGGCAGCUGGGGGUGGUGUUCAUCCCGGACAGCGUUGGCUACUUCCUGGGCACCAGUUGCACCGCGGGGCCCUCCUACCGCCUGGGCCGCUGGCGUGCCGCCCUGCUGGCCAUGAUGCUCGUGGCCCUCGCUGCCGCCACCGUCCCUGAGGCGGGUUCCCUGCUGGAGCUGGCGGGCCCGCACCUGGGUCUGGGCGUGGGCGUGGGCACCGUGGAUGCCGCCCUCAUGCCGCUGCUGGCCGCCGUAGUGGACGCACGUCAUGUGGCCGCCUAUGGGGCUGUCUAUGCCAUCGCCCAGGCGGCUGUGGCCCUCGCCUACUUCCUGGGCCCUCUGGUGGGCAGCGCCGUGGUCCAGGUGAUCGGUUUCCCGUGGCUGAUGCGCUCCAUGGCCCUCCUCAACCUGUGUUACUGUCCCGUGCUCUGCUUCCUCAACACCCUCGAGCCCACCACGCCCUCGGAGACACAGGCAGUCCUCAUGGCAGCGCCUCAGCCCAGGGACUACCUCAGCCACAUCACCACCGUCGUGCAGCCCAGGCAAUCGUCCUCCGUUACCUACCAGCAGUUGUUUGACGAGGACGAGGAUUGAAACGCUACAAGAAUGAAAACAGAGACGACCACGACUAACGAAGAGCUACAAGAACGAUCAAAAGUCUUUGUUGGGUUAUUAGAACUUGGAAGAGUAUAAAGAUGACCACGAAGACUAAAGAAAAGUUAAAAGAAGAAUCAAAAGUCUUCUCGGGUUACUAGAACUUACAAGAGAAUGAAGACGAAGACUAAAGAAAAGUUAAAAGAAGAAUCAAAAGUCUUCUAGUCUAUGAGAGCGCUCUGAGCUUCUGCAAUGGUGACUGAAACUUCAACAAGAUGGAAUAAAACACUUAGUGGGAUUGUUAAGAUGAAAAUGACGACGACGAUGACCAAAUAAGUUCAUAAGGAUGAUCAGAAGGACCGUACAUGGAGGUCACACGUUGCAGUCACGCCGAGAAGGUUCAAAAGGACGACUCAAACGACAACGACGACGACAACGACGAUAACAAGCUAAGAGGAAAGAAAUCAAGUCCACUAACAGCACGAGAUACUAACACAAAGCACGAUUACGUAUUUACUUCCUCUAUUAAGACUUUCCUGUAUGGUGUUAUUGGCUCACUGGAGAGUGUUUUCGGUAUCAUCUCUUCCUGUAUUCUCAUUCUGAAUCAUCGCCAGAAACUUACUAACACUACUAAUAUUGAUAUCAUUAGUAGUAGUAGUAGUAGUAGUAGUAGUAGUGGUUGUAGUAGUAAUAGUGGUAGUAGUAGUAGCAAAACACUAUAAUGCUCACAAAUUUAAGAAAAGUCCAAAACUGUUAUCCAGAAUUAGGAAAAGCGAGGGUA